AUGAACGAGAAGACUCUCCUUUCCGAUCUUCGCCAAGGUCUGACUAGGUCUUACCAGCCGUAUACUUCAUCUCUCUCUAAAGCCUCCUCUCUCCCUGCUCCUAGCCUCGUUUAUCAAGGCAUCCAUCCAUCUCGACACCUCAAGUAUCCAACCGUCCCUUUCACACCUGACUCAAUGGUUCUCCCUCUCGGUAUUCCUGUAACCUAA